GCGGAAACACAUUUUUUCGAUUAAGUCGAAGACGGUUUUACAGAUGGUCUUCCAUGCACCGACAAAUCAAACUAAACGUCCAGUGAAUCAAUCUAAGUCUCUUAUUUCUAUUCGGUACGUUACGUACAGCUUUUUAAUCACACGUGAAAGUCGCACAUAAACAGAAACAAGUAUUAGGGCUGUGAAGAAACAGAAAAGAAUACAAUUGGAAAAUUAAGAAAAAAACACCAACAACCAUGAAGCUAUURAAAUUGAAGGUCCCGUCUUUUCAUUCGAGAAGAGGGGAGCGAACAGUGGGGAACAAAAAUAAAAAGGAAUCCUCGUCACGAAAUGAUCGUUCGAUUCCGCCCUCAGAUUUGGAGAAGAAACCCUCUGACGACUCAUCAGUGUUUUCCGGACUGGCAGAUAAUGCGAAUGCUUUGAACAAAAUUGAAAGUGCAAAAUUGCCAAUACCGCCGCCGCCCCCUCCACCGCCACCGAACCCGCCCCCACCGAAGGAAACACGACAACCAAAAGGAAUUCUUCGAGCUCCUACUCGUGCCAUUCAACCAACACAACUCCCUCCCUCAACUCCGUCUCAGGAAAGUGGCGAUCCUUUUUUGAAUACCGAAUCAGAUCUAUCAGAAAGCCAGCUCAGCAAUAUGAGGGGUAUGCGGCCUAUGGCGGAUGUAGAAUCAACUCUAGGAAAUAGUACGAUUUCUACAGUUUCGUCAUUCAGAAUGAGAACAAAUUCGAAUAGCGUUUUAUCCACUGACUCGAUGGAGAGUGAAUUGAUGAAAACUAUUCGCAACGUAGCUAGUUCAUUUCCAGACGGUGAAACGCAAAUGACGUGGGCGUCAGCUAAUCAAUUGGCAAGACCAAAAGGGGUUGUCAAGCUGUUGUCUUCGGUCACGUACCUGAAGGAUGAGGCCGCUGCAGGAGAACAAAAGAAGAUUGAUGGCCAAGUGAUUACUGAAUGUGAAAGCAAUGGUAGCGAUUCUGGAAUAGAAGCCAUACUAGAUAAUUUCGAAAAGCAAAUGGAUUCGAMUAUCAGAACUGACAGUCAGGUGGAGGAUGAGACAGAUGUCCUUGCUGAUUUCAAUAAGGAUCUUAUGCCACAAAGCCUGAAAGUGCAGUCCAAAGAGUCGGAAUCAGAGUACUUUUUGACCCCACACAAAGCAAGAAAGUUGCAGGCAAUCCUUCACAGGGCAAGAAUCGAAGUUCAGGUCCUAAAAGACAAUAACAACCAGUGCAAAUCCAGUAUUGAACAAAUGCAAGAAGAUCAAAAAUUAAAAUUGAAACUUGUUGAGGAUAGAGCAAAACAUGAGCUGAAGGAAAUUCAAAAUUUGUACCAAGACGAAAUCAAUAGUAUCAUGCAAGAAAAGGAAGCUGCUGAGCAAAAACACGCAGAAAUAAUGAUAAAUGAAUUUGAGAAACUAAAGGAAGCAGCAGCUCUCGAGAUAGGUGAAAAAAUUGAGCAGGAACGACAGGCUGCAGCGAUUGAUAAGGAAGAGGAAAUMGCUGCUCUGAAAGAAUCCUACGAAUAUGAGUUCGAAAAACUGAGGAGGGAAUUUGACGAACGACUSGACAUUGAAAUCGAGGAGGCCACAUCUUCGGAAGCAAAUCGCAUCGCAUCGGAACAAGAUGGUUUGAUCAAUAUCUUGACAGCUCAAAUCGAAAGUCUCCAGAAUGAGCGUUAUUCGAGCAUUGAACUAGCCAAAUCAGUCAAGAAGCAGCUUGAGGAGAGCCAUCCAGAAGAGAUGAUCCAGUUCAUGGAUAUAUCAAUGGGUUGUUCUGAAGGUCUCCAGACAUCGCUGGAUGAAAACAGUUUGGAGUUGAUAAAAGAAGCUUUCCAUAUGUUCACAUUUGUACUACAAAACACAGAGAAAAGGGCUCAAUUGUCCGCAGAAAAAUUCAACGCCGAGUCCCAAAAGUGUCAGAUUCGUCAACGAGCUGAAAUUGAACAGCUAAAACAAGAAAGAGAAGAAAAAAAUCAACAGUUUUGGGACCUAGAAGAGGAAUUUAAGGCAUUGAGUCGCAAAACAAUUCUUUUAGAGGAAAGAUAUAGAACAGAGUCAGAAAGCCAUGAAUUGAAGUUGAAAAGACUAGAUGACGAGAAAAAGACGUUCGUGAACAUCGAGCGGACCCGAAAGGACCUGGAACAUGCCAUGGCUGUGGGGCAACGGGAAUUAGCUAAUCAGAAAGUGAUAAUGGAAAGAAGGCAGUUUUCUACAAGAGCAAAACGAGAUGACGUGGAAACUACACUUGAUUUUGACAKUCGAUUCGCCCAAUCGAUUCCAUCAGCGCGAUUUUCUAGAAACUCUUCAGGUUUUUCGAAGACUGGUAAAAAACAGGAUUCGGAAGGGCAAACUUCAAAACUCACUCCAGAAAAAACAGACAAAUGCGAAGAGAGACGUGAUAAUCAUAGCAUGUCAUCCCAUCAAUCAAUCGAAUCUCCGUCAGUUAGAAAAUUACGAUCCUUUCACAUGAAUCGUUCAAAAUAUGCAUCUCGUCAUUCAGUUUCCAAUCAUCCAUCCAAUAGCAACCCAUCCAUUAAGUCUCCGGAGAAGGCAUGCCAAGUAGAGUCUGACAAAAAAUUAUGCGUCGUAACGAAAAUCAAGGAUUCUUCAGAGUUUGGAAACGAAUUGGAGGAAGCAGAGGAUAUAUUGACGAGUCCCAUACACGCAAUGAAUCCAGAAAAUCAGGGUGAAACUGCGUCGGAUAUUCAUGUCAAGUUAGAAGAACMAAAAAAGAUCGAGGAUUUGGCAUCAAACGAAGAGCGAAAACAAGUUGAAGAAAAGAAACAAGAUGAUUCCACUAAUUUAUCUCUGGAACAAAAGAUAAAAAUGUCGAGAGAAAAACCUAAGCGUAGUGCUUCCAUUCCGAAGAGGAAGAAACCGGGUACUCCUCGAAGYGUUCAAUCAAACAAAGAAUUCAACCGCACAUUCUUAACAUACUCAAAAAAAUCAGAAGAGAAAGAAGAGAUUGAAGAAAAAAGUGAGAGUGUGGAUGUCCUACGUCGGGCGCGUAUGUUCAGGACAUAUAGAGAAGAUAGCAUACGUCGGUCACGACGAUCAAUCGAUGAUGAAAUUUCUUGUUCGAAAURCAACGAUGACAAUGGUAGUGACGAAUUGACUGAAGACUUAAGAAAWCAUUCGAAUGGAAAGCCAAACGASGAAGAUAAUGGACCAUCCAAUGCCUCCACCCAAAUAAAAAAGCAUGUCUCACCUGUGCAACCUGAUGCUGACACAAAAUGUUCGAAAGUCAUAACAAAUCAUGAACCGUUUGCUCAGGAAAAGGUCGAAAAUGUAGUCRAGAGAAACCCGGAACUUGAUAUUUUUGACAGAGAUAUUUCAUCGAUUGAAUCCAAGGAUGAUUUGGAGAUCCCACCCCCACCAACAUGUCAUAGUAUAACUGAUGAUGGCAGAGAUAAAGUUCAAGGUUUUCAAGAGGAAGAAGCCAAGCAGCCAUUCAAAGAAUGCUCUUCUCACUUGAACUCCAAAAGGUCACCUCCUGUCGUGGACUGCUCUAUGAAAUCUACAAGUCCUCGCGUGAGCACAGGCAAAAGCAAUUCAAACAGCGGAUCAAAAAAUCGAUUCUCAGCUUUGAAAUCCCGCGCACGCGUGAAGGCGAAAAUUUCUAUGUUUGAAAAAAAGGUUGAAAACAAGGGAUCGUUUUGAAAUGGUAGCACAUGAUAUUAUUAAGUUCAUUUUAUUUUAGUUUUCAACGAUUUGACUUMACUAACUAGUAAAGCUGUUUAUCGGGCUCUCUAGCUGAGCUCAUGCAUGUCAUCUUCCAUUACGUGAGCAUUUCGGCCACGCAACAAAGAUUCAGUGAGAGAGGCCGGCAAAAGAUCCUUUCUGGUGAUUAUGCCAACAACCUGGUUAUUGUGAUUUACUACGCAUAAAAAUCGUAGACCAAGAGUUCGGAACAGGCGGUAUGUCCGUUGUAUGGACGCGGUCUCGUUGAUUGUAUAAGGAGCUGUAUUUGCAUAUGGCCUCAAAUCCAACCAACAAUUUCUGUCAGCUUCUCCUAUGUCAAAAUCGUCAAUAGUGGGAUACCGAGGAUAUGCACGUUCGAUGGUAUCCCACUGUACCAAUGGGCUCAACCUUCGUGGACCCAAUAGGUCACUGUUGUCGUAGUCGUCUAGGACAUCUGGAUUCCCGAAUGCUCGACGCUGUAACAAUGUACACAACAUAUCUCGACUCGCCGUUCCGUACAACGUACCGCCACUGGCGGUAUCUACAAUGGGGAAGGUUCCGUGUUGGCAACUGCGAAGCAAAUCGUAAACUACACCGGCACGCUCAACGGGACGSAGACAUUUCACUUCAGCAGACAUUACUUGACCMGCAACAAUUUCAUUGCGUUCCGCAAUAGGAGGCACAUCAGGUUCCAUGAAUGGAAUGUGUUUCAAAUGAAUGUGUAUGUCGUACAGACCUUCGUUGAAAACAUUUCCAGUAAACCUUGCUGACAUGAGAACAAUCAUCAAGGGUAAGACGUAUUGCAUAUCUCCAGUAGCCUCUAAUAAAAUGACAGUCAAUGAGAUUGUCAUUCUUGCCAUGCCUCCAAGUACGGCCGCUGCACCCAUCAAGGAAUAUGUUCCAGAAUCAGCAAAAGUACCACUAGUGUGAUCAAGUUUGUGUAGCAAAUGCCCACACAAUCGUCCAAAGGCUGCUCCUGCCAAAAGGGAUGGCACAAAUAAACCACUUGGCACGGCAAUGCCAUAUACCACAGUCGCCAUCAUGAUGUAUGGUACGAAGAACAAAAAUAAUGCCCCUGAAGAAAACGUGGAGUUAUCGUCUCCUCCGGCCUCGCGGAAAUGGAAUAGCUGCUUGAUGGCAGUGUCUGCCUCCGUAAAAAUAAGACUAGCGACUUCGUUGUAUUCCUUACCAGGUUCGCACUGGAAAGGCACAAGAGAUUCUACCAGAUUCUUCUCUUGGUUGGUCCAAUCUUGCAUGUCCUGGGGAAGUUCCGUGCAUCUGUUCCAAAUCAGAGGUAGCAUAAAAGAAACCACGGAAACACCCAUAGCAAUGACGACGACUUCAAACAAUCGUCUCGUUUUCGAAAAAUUAACGCGCUUCAUGCGCCAAAUGGUCAAAUGCUCGUUGGCCGCAUUGAAAACAGCACCAAUCAAUCCUCCAAGACAUCCUAUCAAAGCAAAUAUUGGCAGUUCCCAAAUGCUAAAAUUUGAAGCUUCUCCUCUGUAGAACAAAAAUURAAGAUGAGGGAAAGCGUGUCAGAAGGAAGCAAAACGUUGGCAACGGAAUACAUGAUUGAACAAAAAUAAAUUUCAUUAUCGUUCUGGUAAGGKUCCCUAAUCGAGUACAGCAGCUACCAUGACAAGCCAAUCUCCGAUAUCGUCUACGCUAAAUACAACCAACAAAUUAAUGAUCAAUCCAACAACAAAACAGGCUGAACAGAGUCUGACUUACGAGAGGCUAUUGAAUUCUCCAAAGGAAAAAAGCUUCCCAACAUCGGCUUGUCCCCACCAGGUAUCGACGUUCUUGAGUGCAAAUAGUGUCAUCAUCGUCGUCAUGGCACAAAAGAACGCUCUCCAGGUGAGUUUCGUUGACCAGUAGCUAGCUCCCUCCUCCAAACUGAACAAAACACCACCAAUUGGUGCACCAAAGGCAGAAGCCACUCCCGCCGCUGCACCACACGCCACAAAGUCGCGCU